GAAUCUACUGCAGAAAUUCAAAAUGGCAGACCAUGCCAAGAAAGCAUCAUAGGUAAAGAUUCACACCCAAAAGAUCCAGUCUGCACAGCACAGCUUGAAAUGUCUUGCAUGAAAGCCAAGCAAGUACAAGUAUCGGAAGUUCACAAUGAAGCAAGCGUUGGUAAUACUGAAGACACAUCUGUUGAGAAUAUCACAAGCACAGGGGAAGAUCCAUGUAUACAAUCUUCAAAUAUAUCUUCUUCAGUAAGCAAGAAGAAUUACUGCUACAUUUGUGGAAAACUGCAGUCAAAAUUUACACGCCACUUAAAAACCCAUGAGAAAUCAAAUGUCGAUGUUGCUCGGGCUUUGGCAUUGCCAAAACACUCCAAAGAACGUCAAAAACUUCUGAACAAACUGCGGAACAAAGGGAACUACGAACACAAUGCAGAUGUUUUAGCGAGUGGGACUGGACUGUUAAAACUCAGACGUAAACCAAAGAAAAUAUAUAAUUCAAAAGAUUAUGUGCAUUGUAUGUAUUGCCAUGCAAUGUUUCUCCGGAGGGAUCUCUGACGACACGUUCGAAAUUGUCUUUCCAAACCAGUGGAAGAUCAGGCAGAGCCAGGAAGAACUAGGGUCUUGUCUUUGGCAACAAUGUCUAAUACAGCUCUCUGUCAACAAAUAUCACAGGGUGUUUGGAAGCUGUUAACUGUGAUGAAAGACGAUGACAUCUCUGCUGCUGUGCGGAGUGACUUUUGCAUUCUUCAGCUGGCCCAGUCAUUUUUCAAUAAACAUGGACAGGAUCCCACCAAAUAUGACUAUAUUCGACAGAAGCUCCGGGAAGUUGGAAGACUUCUGCUGAUUCUGAGAAAAGAAUUUUCAGUACAGACUCUUGAAGAUGCUGUAAGACCUGCAAAUUUUAAUGUGGUUAUCCAGGCUGUCAAGAGGGUAUCUGGGUUUGAUGAUGAAAAACACUCAUACCAGACUCCAAGCCUUGCCCUCAAGUUGGGCCACUCUCUGAAUAAGAUAUGUGACAUUAUACAUUGCAGAGCUCUAAUGGCAGAAGACAGUGAGGGGAUAAAGUCAACCCAAACAUUCAAAAAGCUGUCUGAUGCAAAGUGGUCUGAACUUGUUUCUCACACAGCUUUGACCACCUUGAAUGAGGGGCACUUUAACAAGCCAUCCACCCUCCCUUUCACAGAGGAUGUACAACGUCUUCACCAGCAUCUUGAAAAGGUUGCCGAUUUAGCCUCUGAGAACUUGAAACAGAUGCCAUCAGCACAAGUCUAUGGAGAACUUUGCAAAGCAACUCUAGCAAAAAUCAUACUGUUUAACCGACGACGUUGAGGAGAGGUUGCAAAGAUGCAACUGAAAGGUUUUCUAGAGAGGGACACAGCUGCCCUACAUAAAGGUGUUGCUGUUGGGCUAACAAAGUUUGAACAAAAACUUUGUGCACAUUUCAGUCAGGUGGAAAUUAGGGGUAAAAGGGGGCGAAAAGUUGCAGUCUUGUUAUCGCCAGACAUGGUUGAUGCCUUAACACACCUCAUAAUCAGAAGAACAGAGUGUGGAGUCCCAGAAGAAAACACAUUCCUGUUUGCAAGACCCAACUGUUUGACUCCAUAUCGAGGACAAGACUGUCUGAGAAUUUAUGCAAAUGAGUGUGGUGCGCAAAACCCUGAACUCCUCCGGUCGACACAGUUACGCAAACAUGUUGCAACUUUGUCACAGGUCCUGAACCUCAAAAAUCAUGAGUUGGACCAAGUUGCUGACUUUUUGGGCCACGAUAUUCGUGUCCACAGAGAGUAUUACAGGCUUCCGGAGGCUACAACCCAGCUGGCCAAAAUAUCUAAACUACUACUUGCCAUGGAGAAAGGGUCACUUACAAAUCUUCAGGGCAAAACACUAGAAGAGAUUGAAAUUGAAGAUAAGUUAGACUUUACUGAUUCUGAGCAAAGUGAAGACAGUGAUGCUGAGGAGAUACAUCCACAGACACAAACAGAAACAGAUAUUGACUCUGCCUUUGGAGGCCCAUCUCAAGAUUGUGGUAGGAAAGACAAAGAGCGGAGCAGGAGGGAAGAGCAUGAACAACAUGGAAUGAAGAAGGCUAGGCGCCCUGUUGAGAAACCUCCAGGCACCUCAGAUGAUGUUGACUCUGCCUUAGGAGGCUCAUUUCAAGUGAUUCGCGAUAAUUCUCCUGAAAGGGAUGAUGCAAGAAGGAAACAAAAACAAAUAUGGUCUCCAACAGAAAUCGCUGCAGUAAUGAGACAUUUCCGGAACCACAUCGCAAGGUGUAAACUCGCCACUAAAAUGGAAUGCCAACAGUGCAAGAAUGCUGAGCAUCCUGUUUUGGCUAGUUGCUCUGUCCAAAACAUAAGAGAUUUCGUCAGGAAUCGCGGCUUAACACUAAAAAACAAACAGUCACAACAUACUCAAUAAGUGUUUUUUUUUUACUUUGUUUUGUUUAUAUGCAAGAGAAACAUUCUUCUGCUGUUGAACAUCUGUUAAAUGAUUUAAUGUGCUUUCAUAAUACCGAAAAAUGUUUGGUAUGAACUUUUACAUUUAUGAACAGUUAUAAU